AACGUGUGUGGCGGGUCAACCACCAAAACGCCAGUGGUAGCUAAUUACCAGUCUCCAGGUAGUUAGCUAGGAGGUUAUAAGAGUAAAGAGGGUGCAUCACGCACAAAAGCCACUCCCCGACGUAAUACUUAACCGUCGUUCCGGGAAGACCAGGGCUGGAGACUGGAGGGGUUUUAGUGGGUCGGGACAGGGAUCAGUAGGUGUCUGGGCGAGUGUAACUACCCCAGCAUCUCUCCCCUAGUCUCAUCCCCACACCCUGAGUUCUCUUCUCAGGUGUCUGUUUGCAGAUUUUCCCGCCACCUUUAAAAAAAAAAAAAAAGCUACGAAUAAAAACAACAUUUCAAAGAACAUUUCAUUGACACUUGCACUGGAACAAAGGCCAUUAGCAGUCUAUUCCACCAAGUUCAUUCAACAGCAUGGAAGAAGGUGAAAAAAGAGCCGAGAACUUUCUGCGACGCUAUUAAACCGAUAUAAAUACGGCACAUUUGCGCAAGUUAGUUUUCAUUUGGAGGUGAAUGACUCCUAUGUUAAAACCUCAAUAAAAUCAAUAAUAAUAAUAGUUAGUUUUCAUUCUGUUUUCAACCGUUUUCGAGUGUACAUCCUCAGUUACAAAAGAUUCAAGAAGUGUUUCAAAGUGAAAAAUAAGUCAAUGAACUCAGUGAUGUUUCAUUAAUUUAAAACAAUUUGCUUGGGUCCGUCAGAAGUGCGCAUUGGAUCUCAGCUCACCAGUGUGUCCAUUCGCGCCUCGCCGUGUGUGCGAUUGUCGCAUCUUUUGCUUGCUUCGUCCUCCGCUUUGUGCCGUGUUACACUCCGAACGCAAAACGAUUAGCGACGAUCCUAUUGGCCGUUUUUUUUAGAGAUACCACUCGCUUACCCGCCUCUACGCGUUGGCGAAGGCGUUCACAUAUAGGUAAAAACUCUAGAAUUCUUGUACCAAAAAAACGUUUUUGCUUCAUAACUCAUUACAGAAUGGAUUCUGCAGCGAAAAAAACACAUAAACACGAUGAAGGAGCUAUCACCCGCUGCAUGGAGUUGGUCCUCUCUAAGAAAAAGUCACUGUACGCAGCAUGCAAAGCUUAUGGCAUCCCUCAGUCUACCGUUCGUUACCGACUUAGUGGCAAGUGGACCAGAAAAGCCCGGAAAGGGCCACCUACUGUUCUAACAGGAGACGAAGAACAGAAACUCGUGCAAUAUUUGAAAACGAUGGAGAAGAAAGGAUUUCCGGUAGUUAAGGAAUUACCUCUGCAUAAAGUGAAGACAUUCUUCGGAACGAAUUCUCGACCCAAUCCGUUCACGAACAAUGUCCCAGGUCGAAAAUGGCUGGAAGGAUUCCUUCGCCGGCAUCGUGAAAUCACUUUCCGCACGCCAGAAACUGUGUCUUCCGCAAGUUCUAAAGUAAAAGAGGCAGACAUUCGCGGAUGGUUCACGAACGUAACAUCAUAUCUCGAGGAAAACAACCUCAUGUCAGCCGCAUCGGAUGCAUCCCGCAUAUACAACGGUGAUGAAACGUCAUUCUACCUACACCCACAAACGAAAGCCGUGCUAGCUAGCCGUGGCAAUAAGAAUGUGUAUGAAUGCGAGCAUGCAGCCGGGCACAAAAACAUAACAGUAAUGUUUACCUUCGGAGCAGACGGAUCAGUUGUACCUCCAGGAGUUGUUCUUCCUAUGCAGCGCCUAUCUGUGGAAGUAUCGCAGAAGUUCCCCGGAGAGUGGGGUAUUGGCAAAAGUGCAAAGGGGUGGAUGGAUACCGCCAACUUUAUGCUAUACAUCAGGAACGUUUUCUUCCCUCAUCUUCAAAGGAAAAAAGUGCAGUUCCCAGUGCUGUAUUUCGUGGAUGGUCACUCUUCACACACGACUGCGGAACACUAUCUCCAGCGUUCAAAUGGAUUUUGUUCUUCUCUCUGUAGUUUGGGGCCAAUGAUUCGUGAUUACUACGACCGAGUUUACGACCGCGUCUGA